ACAAAUGCAUAUGGCAAUAGAAGUGGGGACCUCACUGAAUAAACACAACACAGGAAAUAUUACUACAUUUCCCCUGAGAGAAGAUCUUGGUGUCACACUGCUCAAACUUACUGGCCAGUCCUUAGCUUUUAGAAUUUUGAUCAGUGUGCAUAUCUUCCCCAUCCUUAUCACCAAUCUUGCUCCUUCCCAUUCCAGCACUUUCUUAGUGUCCCUUGUCUACACUAGCGUAGUGGUAGGAUAUGCACAUUGCAGUAUUGCAGAUUGGUGAGAGAGCAAAAGGAAAAUUAGAUCAAAGUUCAGUGACAUGCUGCGGCAAACAGGUGCACCAUGAAAAGUCUGGGGGAAAAAUGUCUGGCGGUGUCCUGCAGACAGAAGAAUGAAGUAAACUGGAACUUUUUUCAGAUCUCGAAGACUCGUACCCCUUGUGAUUGAGAGCGUUCAUGUUGAGUUCAGGAAGGCUUGGUUGCGAGACAAGACCAAUCAUUUAUCUUGAUUCCCUGGGUUGCGAACAGGCAGGCUGAAUGGGACGAGGCGAGCAAAACCUCUUUCAAGAACUGAUCUAUUUUCUCAAAUAAUUUAGUGUUCACAAGGUUACGCAAAUGUGGAGGCAAGCAAAAUUACCGUAAUCAGAUGAAACAGUAAGUGUGCAUCCAUUGCUCUGAUUAUUCAGAGCUCGUCUAUCAGCCAGUUGUCUAUGUAAGGAGGAGAGGGAGGAUUGAAUUACUAUUGAGUUUUGCUAAGAAGUGCAUGAUCAUUGGGUAAAGGGAAUUUGGUCUGUGAUAAUAGAACUCCUUGGUCCAGCAACCAAAGUAUUUAACCAAACAUUAGAUAUCUGACUCAGCCCAGGUGCAGUUUGAAACCAGAACCCACACUGUCUACACAAUCUGGUGUGCUGUGGUCUCGGUGAUAAUCUUUUUUCCACCUGACAAAGGAGAAAAAGAAGUGCCACGGGUCUCAGAGGAUAAACUGAGCAUGGAGGUCAGGUACAACCAAGAUUCGGAAGGGAUGGUGCUGAAGAAUGGACUAAAGGAGGGAAAGGAUGGCAAAGAUUCUCAGAGCAGCUUGUCCAAAAGCUUCCUGAAGGAGCAGCAGGAAUCCUUUUCCCCCUCUGUGACUGUGGACAACUGUGAGACGAACAGAGGGAGCACAGUGGACCCAGAGUACUGUCGGAGAAUACUGGUUCGAGAUGCUAAAGGAUCUAUUCGAGAGAUUAUUCUGCCGAAAGGUCUGGAUCUGGAUCGACCAAAGAGAACACGCACCUCCUUCACCGCAGAGCAACUCUACCGUUUAGAGAUGGAGUUUCAGAGAUGUCAGUAUGUGGUUGGGAGAGAACGGACUGAACUCGCACGUCAGCUUAAUCUAUCUGAAACUCAGGUGAAGGUCUGGUUCCAGAACCGGCGAACUAAACAGAAAAAGGACCAGGGAAAAGACUCUGAGCUACGUUCAGUGGUUUCAGAAACAGCAGCGACCUGCAGCGUCCUCAGACUGUUGGAGCAGGGGCGGCUGCUCACUCCUCCAGGCUUGCCAGGCCUCCUACCCCACUGUGGCAAUAGCACCAUGGGUUCUGCCCUGCGCUCUCCUUCCAUGACCAUGGCCAGCAACGGUAACAGUAGCAGUGGCAACACAUCAGGCAACAGUCCUCCUCUACCUACCGUCACUAGCUCAGGGACAGUGGCAGGUCUACAGAGUUCCCCAGCCACUCACAGCAUCUUUAGCUUCCCCAUGCCCUCUUUACUAAGCAGUGUCACUGCUCGAAUCUCUGCCAACCCCCUGUCCAUGGCUAGCUCACUAGCGGGAAACCUUCACGAACUUUCUGCCCGAUACCUGAGCUCGUCUGCUUUUGAGCCUUAUACACGGACCAAUGGGAAGGAAACUGUGGACAAAAAAAAUGUGGAAUGAUCCCUUAUGAUUACAUUGAAAGAAACUUGUUUCCCACGGACACACAGACAUUUUUUUUCUUUCUUGGAUUUUGCUGUCUUUGUUUGCUUGCUCUCAGUUGUUGUCAUCUGCCUAUGUCUUGUUCUAAGGGCCAUUCACGUGUGUUCAUGUUCAGUAGCUGUGAAGCUGCUGCAGAGUUGUACACAGAAGAAAACAAAGAUCAGUAAAGACACAAGGUGAUGGUAAAAAGGUGUUCAUAUGGAACUUUGUUACAGAUGUUAGAAAAAUGCAAAUUGAGGACAAAUUUAAAAAAUAAUACUAAUACAUAAGGGACAAAAACACUCUACCGCUACAAGAGAAGCGUUACAUAGUGUACAGUAGUAGUGUGGCAUAGGAUUAGAAUUGGUGACGGAUAACAUAAAUAAAUGAAUGGCACCUUUCUGAAUUGUGGGUUAUUAUUUGAUUGUGUUCUGUGUCAUCAUAGUGAGUAGAUUAAGAAACAGAAAGCAAGUUGUCAAACACCAGCAGCAGCAGUUUGAGACUCAAUCAGUGAAUCACAACAUUUCAGAUUGAAAAUACAGCAGUGAAAGAAUGUGCAAGGCCAAUUCUUUAACACAGAGAAACACUGACAGAGAAAAAGUGUCUCUGUUUGAAGGACACUGCAAGGCCAUUGUGUGUGUGUGUGUGUGCACAACCCAGGCAAUAGACAUGCAAUUUGCUUAUGCAGGUGCCUCAAAAAAUUCAACUCACAAAAAAAUUUGUCUAUUUAUUUGCAUUACGUUUGGCAUAAUGCAGAGAGAUUGAUGUCAUACAGUCUGAUGGAUCAGUGUUGUUCUCUCAAUGUUAACUUAACUUAAAUGUCUUCUCUUUGUGGCAUUUUCAUCUUAUGCAAUACCUGACUUUUUCGCAUGUAACUUUAAUUCGAGUGUGAGUUGACAGACUCAUGUAUAGUUCUCUUCUGCGCAGGGGUGAGUCCCAAGAAACACUUUUCAGCUGCUCACUUAAUAAAAACCCCCAAAGUAACAGGUUUUUCAAUCAUCACAACUUUUCCUUAAUGUGGGAAUUUUUCAACAAUAGUCUUUAUAAAAUAUUUAGACAUGUGAAGACUGAGUGGAAUUAUUGUAGUAUAAGAACAUGUACCUUGAGAUGGUUAUUUUAUUGUAAAUUAUUGACUUCUGUAACUAAUAGAUUAUUAGUAUGUGGAAAAAUUCUGUCUGUCUGUCUGUCUGUCUGUCUGAAUGGAUGGACGGACGGACGGACGGACGGACGGACGGACGGACGAACGAACGAACGAACGAACGAAUGAAUGAAUAUACUAGCAGAGCUGGGGAAUCAGUUCAAAUCUCUUGGUGCUGUUGUUGUGAAAUAUUUUGAAAUUUGUCAAAUGUGCUUUACCAAUGUGCAUAUAUUUAUGUAUAUGGCUACAGACAAAAACAUGUGUGUUUUCAUUUUUUCUUUAAUCAUAUAGCUAUAAGUCAAAGCAUUAGUAACUGUUGACUUACACAUUCAAUUUGUUCUUGUGUUUUUACUGUUCAACUUACAUCGCACCAUUUAGGUAGAAUGCUGUGAAGAAUAGAAGAAAGGGUACUAUUUGAAUUAUUAUGAUUGUUCAUCAAAACAAUAUCUCCCAUAUGCAAAUCAAUUAUUUGCUUCUCAACUGAAAUGCCUAUAUAUUUUUGAUUGUACGAUAUGAGACACAUGAUACAAGCAAAUAUAGAGAAUGACAGAAUCUGUCUUCAUUUGUAAAUAUAUAAAGAAAAUGGCCAAAACUGUUGGAUCUCAUAUUACUACAUUAAUAAAACACAAACCAUUUCACUACAGUUUAUAUAAUACUUAUCAUAAAACAAGUCAUGAUGCGUAUAACUGCAAAAAAGGCACCUUCUACUGUCUGAAAACAUUAAGAUGAAGAUCAGUAAUAAAUAUUUUUUAUUUCACUCAGUUUUAUGUUACCAAUAAAGAAAAUUUAGAUUCAUUGAGUUUCUCACAAGCCUACGUUUCUUAUUGCACACUCUUAACAUAAUUGGACUGAGCUGAAUUGGUUACAAGACAAUCCCCACUGAGCUACAGGGGAAGGUCCUUUUGUGUGCAGGAGAACAGUGCACCAUUAAAAAGAGUAAAGUCUCGUCUUUAAAACCUGCAGAAAGUGCCUUCGGAAAUUAACUGAAAAACAAUCAGAUAAAUUCAUUGGUUAUAUGUUUGAAGUGUAUUUGAAGUUGAGCAGAAUGUCUUACUCUGUGGAAAGUAAUUGUGUUGUAGGAAUGCUGCAGUAAUACAACAAUAGACAGCAUUUAGAUAAACAUACAUAUUUUCAAAUAUUUAAUGCUUCUAGUUCACAGCAUUUGAUUCAUUACUAUAGUCAUGCAACUUUACGUCAGUGUGUAGAUUAAGCACACUUUUAUUUCAGCAAAGGAUCCAAAAUAUUUGCAGUACUUUAAAAACCUGCUAAAAAACAGUACAACAGCACAAGGUGGUUUGCUGAACUAAACUCUUGUGAGCAGAAGCAAAAAUUCACUCAACUGUGGCUCAAAAAUUUCUUUUGAGAAAAAAAGGACUUAUGCCUCCUACCCUUUAUCUAAUCCCCUCAACCAACCCUCCGCCCACUCUCUCCCUUCACCCUGAAGUCUAAUUAGAAAGAAGGUAGGGGGUUGGGGCAUGUGUAUGUGUAUGGCUGAGUAUAUUUGACCUGUCUUUAAACUCAGGUCCUAGGUGUUAAAAGAAAGGUUUCUUCCUGUCUUGUUUUUUGUAAGUGUUUUUUUGGCCUUGUCCCCCUGCAAAGCUUAGUCACUGUGCAUUUUUUACUGAAUAAACGUCUUUUACAAAAGUG